ACGUCCUCCUUGACAUUUCUGCUUUUCAUGCGCCAGUCCAGGAUUAACAGUGCUCCAUCUCCUCCCCCGUGUGGCCACCUUCUUUUAGAGAUUUCUGGAGGCGCCCCUGUCAGAGCGCACCAUGUUCCCAUAGUCCGGAGGAUUUUUCCCCGGAACGAUCCCUGUAAUGUUUUUGUCUCAGAAACCAUUGAUGCGCACCCACUUAACUUAAACAGUUGCUUUAAGACUUUCUGACGCCCAGGUGCUGCUUAUAUCCUCAGCCUAGCUGCUGGGACCUCGCCGGACUCCCUGAUUGGCCGGUGCGCUGGGGUGAUGUCACCGCCUGCCUCGCCGUCCCAGCCCGGUGCGGCGUCGGGCUCACUGGCUCAGAUCCGCGCAGGAGCCCCAGAUGGAGUUGACGCGCAAUGGGAUAAGAGCUGCGGGUCUUGUGAACGGCUGCUCCGCGCUGCCUGGAUGAACGCGAACCGUGCGGGCUCACAGUGCAGCAGCCCGUCAUGGGGGACGGCGGUGCGUCCUCGCCGGUGGACCUCCACAACGGCACGGGGAGCGAAGCGUCCGACGCGCCGGGCUCCGCCGCGGCCGCGUCCGAGCACUGGAUGGCCGGGAUGAGCCUGGUGAUGGGUCUGAUCGUCCUGUCCAUCGUGUUCGGAAACAUCCUGGUGAUUGUGGCUAUAGCGAAGACGCAGAGGCUACAGACGCUCACCAACGUGUUUAUCGUAUCGCUGGCGAGCGCAGACCUGAUCAUGGGGCUGCUGGUGGUGCCGUUUGGCGCGGCGCUGGAGGUGCGCGGCUUCUGGGUAUACGGGUCGUUCUUCUGCGAGUUCUGGAUCUCCGUGGACGUGCUCUGCGUCACCGCCAGUAUAGAGACUCUGUGCGUAAUCGCCAUAGACAGGUAUGUGGCCAUUACCUCGCCUUUCCGCUACCAGAGCUUGUUAACCAAAGCCCGGGCCAGGGCGGUGGUGUGCGUAGUUUGGGGCAUCUCCGGGCUGGUCUCCUUCCUCCCCAUCCUCAUGCACUGGUCCCGCGACAGCGUAGACACGGCCUGCUAUGAGGACCCCCACUGCUGCGAUUUUGUGACCAACAGGGCUUACGCCAUCUCCUCAUCCAUCAUUUCCUUCUACAUUCCUCUCCUGGUCAUGAUUUUCGUUUACGCGCGGGUGUACAGAGAGGCCAAAAAGCAGCUGAGGAAGAUCGAUAAGUGCGAGGGCAGGUUCCACAACACCCUCACCGGACUGACCUCCAAGUGCAAGAAGAGGCCGUCCAAGAUCCUUGCGCUCAGGGAGCAGAAGGCGCUCAAGACUCUGGGCAUCAUCAUGGGGACGUUCACGCUGUGCUGGCUGCCCUUCUUCAUCGUCAACGUGGUUCGGGUGUUCUGCGCGGAGAUAGUGGACAAGGACCUGUUCGUGUUCCUGAACUGGCUGGGCUACGUGAACUCUGCCUUCAACCCUAUUAUCUAUUGCCGGAGUCCGGACUUUAGGAAGGCCUUCAAGAGGCUGCUGUGCUGCCCGAGGCAGGCCGACCGGCGGCUGCACAUCAGCUCCUGCGACCUUUCCCGGUGCUCCGGCGGCUUUGUGUCCGCGCUGGAGCCCGGCACGCUGGAGAUGUGGUCGGACUGCGCCGCGCUGGACAACAGCGACAGCAGCCUGAUGGGGACCGGGAAACUGUCUCACUCUGAGUCCCAGAUGUGAAGCUAAAAACUUGACUAAAAAAAUAACUUAUUGAGGGGGGAACAAAUAACUUAAACAAAUCAGCUUGUGGGAGAAAAAAAACGCGUCCAAAACGCAACCACCUCUUUGGACAGUGAAGAGCGCCUGUGAGGGCCGGACGCCUGUUGUACAUACAGCGGGGGGGAGUGCUGCCACGAUGACGACGGUGAGCCUCCCGCUGCCCGCUUUCUGUCUCCGACCUUUUAAGAGCUGUUGUGAGGUGCUGCGUCAUCGUCUGUGAAAA